GGGCUGUGUGGAGCCCUCAAUAUGCAGUCCUGUAGAUUUUGACACCGGAGGCAUUUUACAGGCUGCACUAGAAGUUUGGCAUGUUCGUGUGUUUGAGGUUUCAGUCUGUAGUUGUUCGGGAUAUUCGGGCUAUUUUCGGUUCGACGCCGCUCCAUUUCUGUAAAACAUGUGGAAAUGUCUGUCUCUGCCAAAAUCCCGUUUUCACAUCUCAGCCACGGCGCUGAAAAAGGUACCGCUGAAGCUGAAAGGAAAGAGCGGCGCUGAGCAGCGGUGGCUCGUCAGACAGCUCGGUGAUCCUUUCGUGAAAGCCGCUCAUUCCCAAAACUACCGCUGCAGGAGCGCCUUCAAAUUACUGGAGAUCGAUGACAAGUACGAUGUGCUGAGACCUGGUCUCAGCGUUAUAGACUGCGGAGCUGCGCCUGGAGCGUGGAGCCAAGUAGCAGUGCAAAGAGUCAAUUCAGCAGGGGAGAGGCCAGAUUUACCCAGAGGAAGUGUCAUAGGAAUCGAUCUGCUGCACAUUGCCCCUCUGGAAGGUGCACACUUCUUGUCCAACCAGGACAUCACUGAUCCCGCCACUCACGCAGAGCUGCAGAGACUCCUUCCUCAAGCCCAUGCUGAUGUCAUUCUCAGUGACAUGGCACCCAACGCCAGUGGGCUCAGAGAGCUAGACCACGAGAGACUAGUGAGCAUGUGUCUUUCACUCUUGGAACUGGCUGACAGGGUCCUGAGGCCAGGGGGCUCCCUGGUGUGUAAAUACUGGGAUGGAGGGCUCACGCAUAAGCUCCGGGACGGUCUCACUCGUGCUUUUCGGGACGUGAGGACUGUGAAACCCAAAGCAAGCAGGAAAGAUUCAGCAGAGCUUUAUUUCUUGGCCAGGACGUUCAGGAAGACAUAGUCAUUCUUUACAUGCUCAAAAAUAAAGAGAUUCAGAUGUACAAUUUACAGAACAAGUUCAUUUUUUAGACACAGCUACUCAGAAGGUUUUUGCCUGUUCCUUCUAUUUUCCAUAUUGUGGAAUAGUAGUAAAACAUGGAAUUACUUCUACCCAGCACUGUUUAGACCCAGUUUUGUCACAACACAAAUGAUUGUCUCAAAUGUAUUAACGAGAACAGACAUUCCACUAAAUAACUUUUAACAAUAUACACAUAGUAAUAACAAUGAUACGGUGCCUCCAAAAACAUUUGGACACUUUUAAUCAUGUACCAAUUGGUAAACCCCGAAGGAGUGAUUGGGCCCCUGCUGAAGUCUUUACACCAUGCCUUGAAAACUGUCACAAACAUGCAUUCAGGGUGCACCACUCUUUUUAACAAGAGCCAGUUUCACUAGUGUUGCACAAAGAGGCCACUCAACCAACCAUCCACGGUGCCUGAUGUGAAUGUUUGGCACUUUUUCAUAGGUGCUCAUCACAUCAGUUUGUGCUUAGUAUAAAGAACUUAUCUACUAAUGGACUGGAUUGAGUUUACUGGAUGUCCGUGUUUGAUUUCAGAGCCUUUGAUACCUUUGCACACCCUUGAUGUAGACUGACCAUAGAUUGCUUUGCAUGCCAAGUUAAACCAGUGUGUACAGCUGAGACUGAUCCUUUCUUGGCUAAUAUAUGUAUGUAUAUUUUCCUGCACAGAAUUACUUGAAACAAAAGUUGUUUUGGUUCAGUCUUGUUCAUGGGUCUAUUUCACAGAAUGCCGCUACUAGGCAACCACACUGUAGAUGAUUUUGCUUCAGCCAUGAGACGUUUGGGGGCUAUAAAGCACUGUGAGCUGCUGGAGCAAAUAUUAACUUCACAGCACGUAGCUUAUAGUGAUUCUGAUCCUGACUGUUAUCAUCGGGAACUGGACAUUGAAAAGUUGGGCAGCUUAUUCCUUGGGUCAUUUUGAUGAAUUAGUGAGCAGCAGUGAAGGGAAGCGGUCAACAGUUCUUGUACUAUGUCAUUGUUUUGUUGAGGUAUUGCUAUGGAUGUAUUUAGUAUUCAUCCUAUUGAAGCAUUCUUUGAGAAUGCAUACCGAUGUUAUGAAUAAUGCACAUUUAGAGCGUUUUAUCGGUGUGUGCAAGGCUGUGCUGAAAUUGUGUGUGGCUCCUUUCUUUUUGAUAAGAAGUAUAAAUCCCUGGAGGCCUUUGGGUGAAAACACUAGCUAGGUUGAGGCAGUGGCUGCCUGUGCCUGUGAUGUGGAGUUUGUUUGGGCAGCAACUGGCUGCAUUCCCUGGGGAAAAGGACUGAACAGUGGGACUAUUUCCCCCUCACAGAGUAAAGAUUAGUGCUACUGACCUCAUAUAUUGAGGAAAACUUAAAGGACUUGGAAUCGGAGAUGACUAAACUGAGCUAAAGGCAAAACUAUGCUCAGAAAUUAGCAUACCCCAAAACACAGUUAUGCUUGUCUGCUAAUAAACUGGCUUUUGGCAUGAAUAACUUACAAAACUGAGCUCAUUGUGUUUGUAGGUAUUCAGCCUACCAGCGGAUGGAGCUGUUGAGUUGUCUGAAUGGAAAAAAGGAAUGCAUAGGAUUUGAAUGGUGUACCGACUAUGAGGUCAUUUUGAAAUACAUAAAUACAGCACCAUGCAAGCAUUCAUUGUGAACACAUACUGACAGUUUAUGAACAAUGCACAUUUAAAUCAUUUUAUCACCCCUAGACUGGGCUGAAAUUGCAUUCAGAUCCCUCUUUUUGAUGGAGCUCUUGGGCUAUCAGUAGGGAAAAGCAUGGAAUCUGAAUGGGAAAACAGCUUUGAACACUCCUGUACAGUGGAUCUACAGUUAAAUGUACACAGAAUACUAUGAAUAUAUUUUAUUUCCAGCCUAGGACCAAGCCCUUAAUGCCAUGUGUUUGAAUAGUUGCUCUAUUCAAAUCUCUUGGAUCUUGAAACAUGUAGUAAUGCUCUGUAUCACCAGCUAACUAUCAGUGUUCCAUAUUUGAUAACUGCAUUCAUUCUGUGUCUCCCUAAUAGGAAUGCUAAAUUGUUUGCAGGUUGAAACGCAGAUAAUCUGUUUUGCCAGUCGUGUAGAAAUGUGCAAUCAUUCUCUCAUUAUGAGCUCAUGAGCAGGAAAGUGGAUGGAUAAGUGAGCCAUAGACAGCAUGACUAAUGAGAAGGCUUUGUCCCUGAAGCAGCGCAUUUCCAGAAAUAUUACGGCAUUUCUCUCAACCUGGUCUUAACCUUAAGGUUAAGCGGCCCAGCUGUCAAUGAUAAGACGCAGGAAUUCCAUAGAGAUCUGUUAUAUUAAAAGGACGCUCCUGCCAAAAUGAAAAAUGUAAUCAUCACUACAUCUGUUGUAAACAUGCCUACUCAUAUCCUACAGCCGUGCUGCAGCAGUCUCCACAGCGAGAUUUUCAGGGUUAAAGACUAGGAAAACCCCUUCUGAUGAUGUUUCUUGAAGCUGGGAGGAAUUUUCGAGAAACUAGAAGUGCUCGAAUGUUAGCACUGGUGUUUGUGCCUUCAUUAAAAACAAAGGUUUCAAAUUUUUGGACACUGUGCAAUGCAACACAUCCAUUGUAUGGUGUCUUACUGCUAU